GGGACCUUCUUCGUGGAUGCUUUCAUGGUGCGGUGCUCCUAUAAAAAGGGUCCAAACGACAUGCUGAUUGUCUCAAUUUGCGACCAUAACUUCUUUAGUCGAGGGAAAAAGUGGAAGCUCAAAGCUCAGGAACACCAUCUUCACGACACGACCGACAGAAAGAGAGAGAGAUUCAGCAACACCCACAACAUGUCAGCCCAGGAAAUGCCCACCCCUCCUCUCCUCACUCCCUACAAAAUGGGAAGAUUCGAUCUUUCCCACAGAGUUGUUCUAGCACCCUUGACCAGACAAAGAUCUUACAAGAAUGUUCCUCAGCCACACGCCAUAUUGUACUAUUCCCAGAGAACCUCUAAAGGUGGCCUUCUCAUUGCCGAAGCCACAGGAGUCUCUGACACUGCACAAGGGUAUCCAGAUACACCUGGCAUAUGGACAAAAGAGCAAGUCGAGGCUUGGAAACCCAUUGUAGAUGCUGUUCAUGCCAAAGGUGGUAUCUUCUUUUGUCAGAUCAGGCAUGUGGGGAGGGUCUCAAGUGCAGGUUUUCAGCCAAAUGGGCAAGCUCCAAUUUCAUCCUCUGACAAGUCAUUGACUCCUCAACUUCCAAGUAAUGGCUUUGAUGUUGGUCAGUUCACGCCUCCAAGGCGACUAAGGACUGAUGAAAUUCCAAACAUUGUCAAUGACUUUAGACUUGCUGCAAGGAAUGCAAUGGAAGCUGGUUUUGACGGUGUUGAAAUACACGGUGCUCAUGGCUACUUAAUAGAACAAUUCAUGAAAGACCAGGUAAACGACAGAACAGACCAGUAUGGAGGUUCUCUGGAGAAUCGGUGUCGUUUCGCUCUCGAGAUCGUUGAGGCCAUUGUUAAUGAAAUAGGCGCAGACAGAGUCGGGAUCAGGCUUUCCCCUUUUGCAACCUACUCGGAAGCAGGAGACUCGAACCCCAAAGCACUAGGAAACUACAUGGUCGAACAAUUAAAUAAGUAUGGGAUCCUUUACUGCCACAUGGUUGAGCCGAGAAUGGAGACCGUGGGCGAAAUAAGCCAAUGUCCGCACAGUCUCGUCCCGAUGAGGAACUUGUUCAAGGGAACUUUCAUUGUAGCCGGAGGUUAUACCUGGGAAGAUGGAAACGGUGCUGUGGCCGAGAACCGUGCUGAUCUUGUUGCUUACGGCCGUUUAUUCUUGGCCAAUCCGGAUUUGCCUAAGAGGUUUGAGUUGGACGCACCUUUGAAUAAGUAUAAUAUAGAGACGUUCUACACAUCGGACCCGGUGAUUGGGUACUCCGAUUAUCCGUUCUUGGAGGACACGGCUUAAGUCACUGCCGGACACGGCUUAAGUCACUGCCGGACAUGACAUGGAAUAAAAUAGCUCAUCGUUGAUUCUUGCCUACUUUUAUGUAUGCUGGUGAGAAUUUUCUUGCCCUUGUAGCUCUGUUGCAUUGAUACGUAAGAAAAUUGUAUGUCUUGAUACAAUGACGGGCCACGAGCUGAUCAAUGAAUUGCUUGAUUUGGAA